AGAUCUUAAUGCUUACGCGUCUUUCCAGUGGUCCGACGCAGCGGGAUCUGCUUCUGCUGGCCGGGCGCGGACUGGCGCACCUUCUCGAUUUACGCGGGUCCCUCCGUGACUUGUGAGUGACGCCGCCUUUCCGUUUUCGGCAGACUGUGUGCGCGCUCGUCACCUUCAGACUGCUCAACGUGCUUGGCUUAUCGGAGUGGUGCAGGAUGAACGGCAACUUUCUGCGGUUAUUCCUCGUGAAAUUGGAACUCUUGUAUCAAAUCUCCUCGUCUCUUUCUGAUAAAUCCACCACUGCAUGUUUUGACUAUGAACAUUGCAAUACAUCACAAGGAGGAGUCCAUGAUUUGGAGUGUUUCAAAAUAUAUUCUGGAAAAAAACUCAUCUGUGAAUGGAAACCUGGCAUACAUGUCUCCAACAGUACAAAAUAUACUUUAAUAAUUGAACAGAAGGAGAGAAACCGUUGUGAGAAAUUGACAAACAUUACAGGAACAACUUAUAACUCUGACAUUUUUUCACAAUUCAAUUUUACUGUAUGGGUGGUUGAAGUAAAUGAACAGCCCAGUGUCUGCUUCAGAGAUGUUUUUUUAAGAGGCCGUCUAGUAAGAUGUCCACCUGAACAAAUAAAGUACGAACGACAAAAAGACGAUUUUAUUGUAACUUGGAAAAAAAAGAAAAACGUACACUAUCAGUUGCAGUAUAAGGAAUUGAACAAGGAAUCCUGGAUAUUGGUAAAUUCAAAAGUGGAUGAUAGAAUUAAAGUUGCAGUGCCAAAUGAAACAGCUUUCUAUGAGGCUCAAAUAAAAUGCAUACCAAAUGAUGUAUGCAAUGAUUGUAAAUGGAGUGAAUCUCUUUUCAUUCCUCCAGGUAAGUCCAUUUAAAACUUGUCAUCUACUGUUUUAAUACU